AUGGCGCGUCCAGACGCUACGCAGCCUUCGUCGUCGUCAUCGGCCUUGACGUCCACAACGAGCGCAAAGGAGACCACCGACGCAGCCACAACUCAGUCGCAGCUUGCCCCCUCGACCCCGCCAGCGCAGUCGGCCGCUCUGCCCACCCCUCCCACCUCUCACAACGAGUUUCGGCCUCCUCAGAAUCCAGUCGCCUCCUCCUCCAGGAUCAACGACGAUGACCAACUCCCAGACACAAGUCCGACCACCACCGUCUCGGAAAACAUGGGCCCUCGCAGAGCCGCUGCUCGUCUCAGUGGCGGAAGCACUUCGUUUGAUCGCAACGCCGACGACUCCUUUUCGUCUCAGCGCAGAGCCAGUCGGCGCUCGAGCAUCGACCGCAACGACGAACGCACAGUAGCAGCAGAACGUCCUCUCGAUCGCAGCUCCUAUCGUUCGCGCCAUUCGCCCUCUCACUCGCCCGCUCGCUCUCUCACUCCUUCUCCCAUUUUGGGCUCAGCCUUCGCUGCUCGUCCAUUGUCACUCCGACCAGACGAUAACGAAGACGAUGCAGACGACCACGACAUUCUCAAGCUCGGCCAUCUUUCCUUUCCCAUGCUCGGUGUAGGCGUCGGCCCCACCAAGCAAGAGAUCGAGAUGCUUGUCUACGGCUCGUCAACUACCAACGGUGACGCUGCUGACCCCCCUUCACCAGCUGAAGAGUCAGGCAGCCUCGAGGAUGUGCUUGGGUCGUUGGCCAACAUGGGACUGGACCAGCCCAACGAAAGCUCAGCAAGCGAAAGGGAGCGAGAGCUCGCCGGGAUGGUCAAGAUGCUCGCGUCCCGAUGCACAACCCUCACCGACUCCCGCGAUCGAGCGCAGUCCCAGCUCAAGUCGACGCGCUUCACCGCCCUCUCUGUCAUUUCGUCGAUGAAGCAGGCACAUGCUCACGCUCUUGCCGCAAACCGCAACGUCACAGAUCGCCUCGAGGCCGAGCUGGACGGAUGGAAGGCUCAGGCAAAGAUGCUCAGUGCCUUGCUCAACCGCGCAGAAGCCAAGGGCUUCGACGAGAGGCGUUCCAGCUCGGCUACUGCCGCGCCCGUCGUUACAUUCGCCGAUCGAGCAAAAGCAGCUGCCGCCUCCGGCCCUACCUCGAGCCACAAUAGGGUUUCCUCAUUCAAGAGCGAUAGCGCAGGUCUCAAUGCGGACACGAACCAGCGAAUCAUGAGCAGUCCGAGCUUCAAGUCCUCCCCGCGCGAGAACAAUGCUAUCAUUCCAUCGCCUGGCACUACGGGCCUUGGCAUCUCCAGCUCCGGUCUAGCCGAAGUCGACACCGACCUCUCUCCUACUGCUGCCCUUAUCCGCGAGAGGAACAAACUCAUUACGGACAAGAAGCAUCUCAAAACUCGUGUCAGGGAUGCAGAGGCCCAGGUCUACAAGCUCGAGAGCGAGCUCAAGGCUCUCCGACCGUAUCUCGUCUCUGGCGGCAUCAAGACGAGCGAUCUCCCAGCUGAUGCCACGGACGCCGAUGCACUUGGCAGCCACACUCCCGGCAAUCUCAGCCAGCCUGGCACCGCUCCGACCACACCCAGUCGUUCGGGCAGCCGCAGAGACAAGAACCGCAAGAAGCGCAACGUUACCAUGGGCGACGCAGAGACGGAGCACCUCAUGUUGGCUGCUCGACGACUACGCGAGCUGCGCAAGGAGCAAGCAGCCGCUGCGGCGGCGGCCUCCAGCUCACCUGUCGAGUCGGGCUCGCUGCCCACCUCUCAGGAGAGCGGCAGGCCAACGUCCACGGCUGCUGCUUCGAAUGGUCAGGUCCUCGCACCUGCUGCGGACCUCCCGGUCUCGCAUGCUUCCCCUGUCAAGCGACAAGCAAGCGAAGACAGAGACAUGCCGUACCGAAUGGAACCGCGCACGCCGCCGUCCAGAACAGCCGAGCGACCGCCCAAGACGCCCAAAUCCGUUGCCAGCAUUCCCAACACUCCACGCACUGGUGUGCGAGCUCGCGAACUCGAUGAACUGGCUCGAGGAGACGAUCGCCGAGAGAGCUGGUCCGGCCGUCACCGCAGGGUCGACUCUGCGUCUUCGUUCACCGGGAUCGACGAGCUUCUUCAGGCUGCCGAAACGCUCAACCCAGGCGCUGCGGCUCCUUCGCCUUCUAUGCGCGCCGGACGCCCUCCGCUUCCUUUUCCUCCUCCGGGCGGCGACCCGACGUACUACCCUCGCGAGCCACCUCACCGCGGGAUGGGCUACCCUCCGCCGCUCUCCGUCACCACGCAGCGCGGACCUGGUCCUGAGUAUGAUCCCUACGGCUACAGCGCUGCACCCUAUCCCGUCCAGUCGAGUCCGCUCCGUAUGGCUCACGAGAGUCCCAAGCGCCGACGAGUCUCGUCUGCUGCCUUCGACUUUGAGCCCUACGGAUCUCCUUUCCUUGGCGAGCACGCACCUCGCAUUCGAACGCAGACCGAGGGAGCGGAUCCGUUCAUGCAAGGACGCCCAUACCACGACUAUGCCCCAAGCGGACCUCCUAGCGCCGGCGGCAGUCAGGUGUUGAGCGCGCUCGAUCUGCUUGCCGACCAAGCUACUGCGAGCCAGAACCCGUCGCAGGGAAGCGACAAGUCAGGGGAGUACGAGGGUGUCAGUCCCAUCGGCAGUCUCAGCAGCGAUGACGAGAUGAUGGAUGGCGAAUCGCGACGCAAAUCUGGCUCGCGGUUGUCCCGCGCGCAGGAUGGAUCUCGCGGCUCCAAAUCGAACGGCUCGCAGGGCACCUCUCGAAGUGGCGAGAGCAAGAGCUUUGGCGGCAACCAGAACCCCGAAAAGAGACUGCCGUAUGUACGAUGGACCUCGGAGGAGGACACAAAGCUGCGCGCGGCGAUCAAGGAGCACGGCCAGCGGUGGGAGCUCAUCUCGCGUGCGGUUGGCACGAGGUCGUACCACCAAUGCCGACAGCGAUACCUGCUGAUGCGACGCAAGGAGGCAGCUGCCAAGGCGAACGGCGACGAUGGUGAGGGUGGACACGGUCUCUCGGCCUCUGCGUCGGACCAGCAAUCGCAGGAGUCGGACUACGGUCAGGAUCCUCAUCCCAGCAGCUCGAGUGGACGUAGGAAGAGCGGCUCCCAUGGCCGUCGUGCGUCCCGUGGAGCUGAUCCGUACGCCGCAGAAAGCGGUGCCACCUCGACCCCGCUGCACAAGCUCUCGAUCGGUGCGCCUGCGCCCGCCGGCAGCGUCUAUGGCCAAUUCUCGCCGACCCACCGACAGGACGGCUUCAUUCCGUCUUCGCAGACGCCCACACACAACCGGAUGAUGUCGCAUCCGCACGCUGCAGGACCACUGUCGCCAUCGAUGCAGCCGACCUCGCCGUACGCGGCCCAGACCCCGUCGGCUGUUAGGAGGGGUCACUACCCGCCACCGUCGCCGUUGGCGGCGCAUUCGAGGCAGCUGCCGCCGCUUCAAGCGCCCGCACCGGGGUACAUGUCGCAGGGUCCGCCGUCGAGCCCGCACUCCGGCAGCGGGGGCGGCCACCACAGGCAAUUCUCCGGCGAAGGCAGGCAGCAGGGUGGUGCGCCGCCAGAACCCACAACGCCUAGCUCCACCGCAGCCAGAAGGAUGGGCGCCGCCCUCUACAGCUGA